CUUUCUGUCACCCCCUUUGCAUCCAGUCUUCCUCCUGCCACCCAGCUCCUGUACAACUGCACACACAAAGGUUAGGAAGGGUCAGACACUAUCCAGGCACUCCUGAGCACACGAAAGUGGUGGGAAAGGGGAGGGAUUAUUCAAUUGGUAGGAUCCAUCAGUGUAUCCGUAGUACUGUAACCAAUCCACACUGUAGCAGGGAAAGGUGGGAUGGGAGUGAGGGAGGGAGGGGAGUUGCUUUUGUUGCUAGCUAAUUUUAUAUUACCCCUAUCCUCAUCACUCUUCAGUCCACCCCUCCCCUCUGCCCUCACCCCUGAAGUUGCCAGCCUACCUCUCUACCCUAUCCCACCCCCAUCUGACCAUGGCAUCAGAAGCAGAGAAAACAUUCCAGCGCUUUGCUGUCUUCGGAGACUCUUCCAGCAGCAGCACCGAAAUGAACAACAAGAACUUCGCCAAGCUCUGCAAAGAUUGUGGCAUCAUGGAUGGCAAGGCAGUGACCUCCACAGAUGUGGACAUUGUGUUCAGCAAAGUCAAAGCCAAGAAUGCCCGCACCAUCACAUUUUCACAGUUCCAGGAGGCAAUGAAAGAACUGGGCCAGAAGCGUUUUAAGGGUAAAAACCCAGAUGAAGCCCUGGAGAACAUUUACAAGCUCAUGGAGGGCAAGGAUCCAGCCACCACGGGAGUGACUAAAGCAACCACAGCGGGUGCAGUGGAUCGUCUGACAGAUACCAGCAAAUACACUGGUACCCACAAGGAGCGCUUCGAUGAGAGUGGCAAGGGCAAGGGCAUUGCAGGACGAGAAGAGACAACCGACAACUCAGGCUAUGUGAGUGGCUACAAGGGUGCUGGCACCUAUGAUAAGAAGAAGUGAAGAGGACCCUCAUGCCAGCCUGCCAGUCCCCUGAGCCUGCAACCUAACACCAGGGAGCGUGGGAGACAAUAAACAUCUGUGUGUGCAGCA